AUGGAAGUUCAAGCUUCAACUCCCAGGUGCAUUCGUCUUGGACCAGACGCAUGGAAAGCUGCCUUCAGCAUUGCUGCCAGCUUGCUGCGGGGCGUGCACCAACACCUGCCUCGUGUGGUCAGGAGUGCAGAAUUUGCUGAGGGAGCAGACUGCCAACCUCACUACUCGAAGCUGCCCAGUAGAGGCAAGGAUGUGUUGGCCACGCUGUGCGUGAAGCUUUCGCAGAAAGAGGUUUAUGGCGAAAUCGCCACCCGGUCACGGAUCGGUGCCUGCCUUCGACUGGGAGAUGAGGUGAUCUUUGCGGUGAUACGGCCUCCGCCCGACCUGGCAAAGGCGCCUUUGCUGAUGGAAGUGCACGGCUUCGACUUUCUCGUGCUGCCCGAGAUCACGAAGCUGCGCAGGCAUCUGAAGCAGGUCCUGGGCAGCGACUACUCUCGGAAGUCCACAACGGUAUGGUACGAGAAGCACAAGGACGAGUUCUGUCCUCUGCAAGACUCAAAGCUGCGCAGGAUCCUGGCCUCGAUCUUCGAACAGCACUCGCUCAUUAUGCUGCCUGAGUGGGCAUUGAGCCGCACUAUAUGGGGCAUGCUGAACAUUUUCACCCAGUCGUACAGAACCUUUGAGUUCUGGGACGAGGGCAGAAGUGGCAUCAGGCUAACUGUCAGAGGCACAAGUAUGCCAGAGGACGAAGAAUACCGCCAGCAACUUGUCUGCAUUGUACACGGAUUUGCCCUCAGAUUUCAUGCCGGAGGUGCCCAGACGUAA